AUGGCCUGCCUCAACUCGCUGGAGGCGGUGAAGCACAAGAUCCAGACCCUGCAGCAGCAGAACAACGCAGAGUACCGCGCGCAGGGCCUGCAGCUUGAGGUGGAAGGCGAGCGCGAGCAGCGCGAGAAAGCUGAAGGAGAUGUGGCUGCUCUCAACCGCUGCAUCCAGCUGGUGGAGGAGGAGCUGGACCGCGCUCAGGAGCGACUGGCCACAGCCCUGCAGAAGCUGGAGGAGGCAGAGAAGGCAGCAGAUGAGAGCGAGAGAGGAAUGAAGGUGAUAGAGAACCGAGCCAUGAAAGACGAGGAGAAGAUGGAGAUCCAAGAGAUGCAGCUCAAAGAGGCCAAACACAUCGCCGAGGAGGCCGACUGCAAGUAUGAGGAGGUGGCGCCUAAGUUGGUCAUCCUGGAGGGUGAGCUGGAGAGAGCAGAGAAGCAUGCGGAGGUGUCCGAACUAAAGUGUGGCGACCUGGAAGAGGAGCUCAAGAAUGUCACUAACAACCUCAAGUCACUGGAGGCUGCUUCUGAAAAGUAUUCUGAAAAGGAGGAUAAAUAUGAAGAAGAAAUCAAGCUUCUGUCUGACAAGCUGAAGGAGGCUGAGACCCGAGCUGAAUUUGCAGAGAGGACAGUUUCCAAACUGGAGAAGACAAUCGAUGACCUGGAAGAAAAACUUGCCCAGGCCAAAGAAGAGAAUGUGGGCUUACAUCAGACACUGGAUCAGACACUAAAAGAACUUAACUGUAUAUAACCAAAACCAGAAGAGUCCUGUUCCAACACCAACUCGACUCCAGAGAGUGUGCCAUGUCUUCCUCUCUUGUAAGAAGUUCCUCUUGUUACUGUGUCUCCACCUUGCUGGAAAUGCCAAGCAGAUAAUGAAUUCAUGGCCAAAUAUUUUGUAUCAGACAAGCUUUGAGCACCACUUAAGUUUCUUUCCUUUUCCUUUCAAAUGGCACCAGCUUCUUCAGCUAGUCCUGUUCUUAAAUUGCAUUUAUUCCUAAAAUAGGCAGGGAAUUUCACACUGAGUGUAGUUGCUUAAGGCUGAGGGCAUUUGGUUCCUGGGAAUUAGUCAGCCCCACACUUUUAAGCACAGGCUCAAGUAUCU